CAGGCACCAAAGAAACUUGACUUUGAACAACACUGCUCCUCUCGCCUUGAGCUGUUCACGGCUGAAAACGGAAACUGUACGUGUGAGGUCAAUGCGUAGCGCGAGUGGGUGGGGUGGGUAGGGGCUUGUCUCGCUGUUUGCCGCGUUCCUUCCGCUUGGCGUCGAAAACUUAUGGAACCAGUAAAUUCAAUCUACUUUUGGCUCCCUAACUAUCUCACUAUUCGCCUCUUUUACCCCUCAUAGUUUGUCAGUGUGACUAUACCUUAUUAUAGGAAAUUAACAAUGCAUUUUAUUGACCGGAUUUUGACAAAAAUCGCGUUGAUUUAAAGCAUCUUAAUUUACGUCGAUGUUAAUUUUAAACACGCUAUUUUACAUCAUUGUUGUUUUACAGCACCUUUAUUUCAAUAACAAAACCUUGUCUGCUCAUAAUUCCUCUAUCAACGCCUCGGACUCACAGUUCUUUUUUUAGGAAUUGAGUUCAAAAUGUGUUUCGACUAGUCUUCGUAUUGAUCCGUUUCCCCGAGGGGAUAGCUAACUUCUCCAGUCUUUCUUCUUAAAAUUUCCAUGGCCCGUAUUGCAGUAAAUUCGCGUUAAAUAAAGUUAGGCGCACAUUGUUUUCGAAAAUUUCACGUUAAUCGGAUGUAUGUAAAACCAACUUUUGGAAAAUUCGCGUUAAUUUUGUGUAACGUAAAUUUUCUUCGCGUUGUCAACGUGCAUCGUUAAUUUCCUAAUAGUAAGGUAAUUUGUCAAAUGUAAGCUACUUUCCCCGGAGUUGAAUUCUUAAGGACUUUAUAGAGGUUCGAAAAGAGAAUGGAAAAUUCGUCGUCGUAUGUUCACGUCCCCCAUAAAUCGUCGCAUUAGGAGGUUUCACGUCGUUUGUUGUGCAGUGGACGUCAAAGAUAUGUACUAAAAAGCGUGAUGCAAGAGCAGAGCUGUUGGUUUAUUCAUAAAACCAAUUGUUUUUUGACGUUUUCGUUCUCGUCGUCGUUGUUGUUGCUUAAGCUCCCUGUUAAUUCAACUGGUAAACUUGGGGUCGACUGUGCGUUCAUUUUAACCCCUCUCUCCCUCCGUUUUAAGAGUAUUUCAAACUAGUUAAAGCUGAACAGAAAUAAGAGAAGUCAAAACAAGGAUGUGACGUCACCGGGGCCGCGCACUAUCAAACUGUGCCACUUGCUCCUUGAUAUGCCGUAAAUUCCGAAAAUAAGCCCCGGGGCUUAUAUUUUUUAAAGGCCCUUCUUGAGGGGCUUAUUUUUGGAGGGGCCUAUCUACGGAAGGAAAUUUGCGUUUCAAAAUCAAUUGGGCUAGCCUCAUACUUGGAGGUAAAUUUACCGUUUUUGCUUUGUUUUACUUUGUAUUUGAGGGCAAUUUCCCAAGUACAAGCCACCGGGGGGCUUAUAUUUGGAGGGGCGAUUUAACGGAGGGGUUCUUGCGUUACCGGUUUAGGGGGCUUAUAUUUGGAGGGGCUUAUACAUGGAGGGGCUUAUUUUCGGAAUUUUACGGUACUUGUGAGUAAGUUUCAGCAUAUCACACCUGUUUUGUGCGAGCUUCACCGGCUACCGAUUUAAUAUCGUACAUUAUCGUUCUCAUACUAGAUCAUUGAGGUCUGUUAGUAAUGAACUUUUAAUGCAACCUAGAUCGUAUACCAAGACCUACGGAGGUAGAGCAUUCGCUGUUCAUGCACCAAGAGAAUGGAACUUAAUACCCUAUGAAAUUCGGAAGUCCAACACCAUCUCGAGUUUUAAAACAUCACUUAAGACGUACUUGUUUACUAAAUUCUGUAAUAACAGAUCAUUGUUUCUAUAGAUUUGUAUGUAUUGCGUUAGUUUUAAUUUUUCCCUUUUUUAAUCAUUAUGAAUAAAAUAGUUUAAUCGUUGCUUUAGUUUUAAUUUCUUUCCUUUUUUCACUCAUUGUAAACAUAAUUAGGAUAUGGUUGUAAAUUUGUAAAUAUUUAUCAAUAAUGUUGAUUACAUGACUGUAAAGCACCUUGAACAUAUGAUAAGAGCGCUAUAGAAAUAAAGUUAUUAUUGUUAUUAUUAGUAGUAGUACUUUGAUCUCCGGCUGAAGUUCCAUUUUUCUUCUUCUUUUUCUAGCUCGUCUUAGUGGCCAUCGUUUUCCAAGCAAGGAAGAGGAGGAUGCCGCACUGAUAUAUCAAUACAACCCGGUUUAUUGCUAUCCAGAGAUAACCCACUUCGAACAGUGCUACAUUUUCAAGUAGAAUUUAGAGGCUUAAUCCGGAAUUUUUAUUUUGAGGUAGUAUUUUACUACACCUUGAGCGGUGGUUUUAACGGGAUUUUAUCGUGCUGUCUUAGCACUACACCUAAACUUGUGACAAAUAUUUUCGAUAUUUUAGCAGCAGUUUUGGUGUAGUGGUGUUAAACGGUAACUUCUGGCUAAACCUGCGUGAUUUUUUUACAUUUAAUCAAACAACUUGGGGUUGACUUUUAUAUUGGUAUAACAAUUAGACAGAGACAGUAUUACAAACUUUGCAAAUAAACAAAAUGAAAAGCGGCUACAUGUAAGAAAAACGUUUAAUUUGUACAUUAAUGAGAAUGACUUAAUGUGAUAGUUUUUUUUGUUUUUUGAGCUCUACGCAUUUU